AUGGGCGCUGAGGUACUCGCCUUGCAAGAGGAAGAACUACGCAAACAUGACAUAGUCCAAAUCCAAGUCGGCGAGCGCCUAUACACCACGACGCGAGGAACUCUUACGUCCGAGAGCGUCUACUUCCGCCACUUGUUCGCCGAUCCCGAAACACUUGACAAGAAACUGUUCCUCGACGCAGACCCGGGCAUGUUUGAGCACGUUCUGCGCUACCUCCGACACGGCACCAUGCCGAUGUUUUACGACCGGGCCAAAGGCCACGGCUUUGCACGCUACCGGACACUGGCAGUCGUCUCGGAGUUUCUGGGCAUUGCGAAGCUUACCAGCUGGCUCGUGGAGGGCAGAUAUGUCGAUUUGCUGCGGAUACGCCGGUCUGUCGAGGUGCACCGCGAGGUUGAUGCCGAGAACCUGACUUCGCUGGCGGGCGGUGAAACGCGAGCCGGGCUUGACAAGACGAUUUUGCAUCCGCGGUGGGCGAUCAAGAGGGUGUGGGUUUGCCCGUCUUCGACCCCUGGCCAUGACCAAAACCCAGCUGUCUGCAGUAACAAUUGCCCCGGCCAGGGGGGAGACGGGGAAAGGUGGUGCGAGGAGUUGGUACUUGAUGUGCUGGUGGUCAAGCAGGAGCUUGUUCUGGUCAGUAGCUGGUGGACGAUGCUGGGAGGCGAGACCAACGAGGACUGCUUCUAG